AUGGAGAAUACUCAUCCAAAUCGCCAGGGCUGGCAGUACCCCUGGAUCUUCGUGCCUGUCCCACCACCUAAGCCUGGCACAGCCGCCAAACAACCGCCGGUGGCUAAAGAGCCCUUUCGCGGCGUGCUCGUCUGGCCAGAUGCGUACCCAAGAUCACCCCCCGACAGCAACAAGGAGACAAGGAGAUGCUGCGUCUUGCAAACUGGGAACAUAUCUCGCUACCCCGGAUCCUGGGAGUACCACUCACGAUCGCCAAAAUGGCCUGCCGCCGAUAAUACCGACCUCGAGCGCCAUCGUGGCGCCGAGAUCUUGUCCAUGGACUUCGACUGCUCACGACCGGCUGAAGAGGUCCUUGAUGUCGUGCUGGAUACGGGGAUGAACGCAUCGAUUCGAGGCAGGAUCAUGGUAGUCCGUGCGGGCCGGCAUCCACUGAGCGUUCAACAUGUUCGAUUACAGCUCGACUAUAUCGACGUGCAUCUGCAGGAGAUUGUCAAGUUGACUGGAGGCAGCUACAAGGAAGUGGUGGACGGGAAGUCGAUCUUGCGGCCUGGUGUGAUUCGCGGCAAGACCGUUGACGAAAUGAGGAGGCUCCAGGAACAGGUGAAGGAGUGGAUGGACCCGAGCGUGUUUUCGAAGGAGGUGAACGACACCAUGGCGAGCAAGGGACAAUGA